AUGGCCCCGACUACCGACGACGCUGUCCACGCUCUGAAGGACCUCGUCCACAAGCUGGAGAGCCGCGUCAAUGACCUUGAGUCCAAGCUCGGAAAUGCGUCUCCCUCGCAGUUGAUCGCUCCCUCGUCUAUCCGCAUGAUCCUUAUGGGUCCUCCUGGUGCUGGCAAGGGCACUCAGGCUCCUAGAAUCAAGGACAAGUUCUGUGUUUGCCAUUUGGCCACUGGUGACAUGCUCCGUGAGCAGGUCGCGAAGAAGACCAGCUUGGGUCGGGAAGCCAAGAAGAUCAUGGACCAGGGCGGUCUUGUCAGCGAUGCGAUCAUGGUUAACAUGAUUAAGGACCAGCUCGAGAACAACACUGAGUGCAAGAACGGCUUCAUCCUUGACGGUUUCCCCCGUACCGUCGCCCAGGCCGAGCGACUGGAUGACAUGCUCGAGCUGCGAAAGGAGAAGCUGCAGCACGCCGUUGAGCUCCAGAUUGACGAUGCGCUCCUCGUGUCGCGCAUCACUGGCCGUUUGAUCCACCCCGCCUCUGGCCGCUCAUACCACAAGAUCUUCAACCCGCCCAAGGCGUCUAUGAAGGACGAUGUGACCGGCGAGCCUCUGAUCCAGCGUUCCGAUGACAAUGAGGAAGUCCUCAAGAAGCGUCUCGCUACCUACCACGAUCAGACCAACCCCGUCGUCAGCUACUACCAGAAGUCCGGUAUCUGGCGGCCCAUUGAUGCUAGCCAGGAGCCCGGCCAGGUCUGGAAGAGCUUGCUUGGUGUCUUC